AUGUCGGACGAAAACCGCCCCAUCACACCCCCGAUCGGCAGAUCUGUCGUCAACGGCGAAACGGUGCCAGUCUUCCAGCGGGACAACGCAUUCCCUAAGUCCGACUGGGAUGCGAGCCGGCCAAUGUACAUGUUUUGCCGGGAUUGGUAUGACCUAAUGAACGGCGUGGAUCCAGACGAGGAGGACAAGAAUCCAAGUGAGGAGAAGAAUACAAGUGACGAAGAGAAGGCACGGGCAUACUUUGUGAUCAAGAAGAGGUGGGUUCGCAGGAGAAUCUGGCUCGCGGAAUGGACCAGGACCCUCCUCCCAGGAAUGCUGUGGGGUCAUCAGCUGGUGGAGAAGAAUUAG